AUGGAGCCAAACUUCCAAUCACCAAUCGCCUAUCAAGACGAGAAGUUCCAAAACAUCGAAGUCGAGUUCCCAGACAUCGAAGCCGGUCCCUACACAGCAAGAGCUUUCGAAGAUCAAUCCUACAAUCAAGAAUUCCUCCUCCGCAUCACAUGCAUCCUCCUACUCAUCACCAUCAUUGCCCUCAGCAUCUUCAUCAUCUGCGAAAUGCUAGCCACCUACAAUGUUCAGCGCGAAUACGAUUUGUUCACAGGGGUCCGGAGGAUGUCGAGACCGGACAUGUCGUCUCUUCAAGAUAUUCGGGGCGAGAGAUACGCGAGACUUUUGAUGGAAAUGCGAGCGAGGAAAGCACAUUAA